UAUAUAAAUAACUCUGCCUCCGCAGCCCCUUUUGCUUGCGCAUUGGGAACUGUCUCUGCAGUUCUCCUGUGUUCGCAUACAGGGGGCUGGGGUGCCGGUCCCAAGCCCGGAUAAAAGAGGAGGGCUCGUGUCUCGUUGGGUAUUCGGUCGUCACUCGAGAUGGCCGACUAACACAACGGGACGCACCAUAUGUAUGUCUAUGUAAUCUAUCUUUCAUAAGGCUUAUAUAUAUUGCUCGUUACGUAUAUGUGUAAACAAUUUAUGUAAGUUUAUAUCUCACACACACACACCAACUUUCUCACCUGUACUGCGUCUCAUACGAGGAUAUGUUGGCGCGGGCCUGCUCAUCACAACAUUCCGUGAUGUCGGGUAAGGUAAGCAUCCUCCCGCGUGUUUGUGCCGUGCGUGGAGACCCGUAAGGCAGGAUGAAGGAAACCUGGAGGUUGAGCUGAAAGAUGGCCGGGUCAGACGCCGUCUGGAAGCAACACACCUCUUCGGUCUGGAUUUCUACUGAAACGGGAGGCCUGGGGCUAGCCACUUCAGGUCAAUCGGCUGCGAUAACCCGUCAGAGGGCUGUCAGGCGAGGUUCCUGAGCAUGUGGAGACGAGUGGUUCCGUCGCGGUGGCCGGUCUGCGGCUUUGGGUGGUUCUUACCCUCCACCCGAAGGUUACCGCGGCCGCAACCUCGACGGGGGGCUGCGCCGUCUGCUGCAUGGGAGGGGACCUAUAUCUUCGUGGUAGUCCUGGCGUCGGAGUACGCUCGGUGCUCGGCGCCCCCUUUUGCGGGCUCCAAGGAGGGUGGGACGCUACGAGGACGAACAUAAUUUUCAAAAUCCUCAUGGAUAAUAAAAGGGACCAUCGUAUAAAUUGGACGGCUUCGACUAACGCGCCGGCGAGGACGCAAAUUAGCGAGCAAACCUCACAUAACCACCACCAACAUAAUGAAAAACCUGCUGCGCUUUCCUGCGCUCAGGCAAAUAAUCUUCUGUCUAACCCAGAAGCCACCCCCUGCCCUGCGGAUGCACUGCUCUCGAAGAGCCAGCGUAAACGACGCGCGCGGCAACGCCGGCUUGAAGAGGCGGCCGCAAAAACGGAUCAGCCAGAGGCCCCACGACCAAUGGCCCCGGCAAGGCAAGCUAUGGCUAACAUCGCCCCGACGCCUGAGCUGAACCACAGCGCGGGACCCGGUCCCGUUGCCAGCGCGGGAUCUUAUCCUGCUGCAGGGGACGUGAAAAGCGAAGGGGCUUCUUGUGGCCGCCCCGUAGAGCCAGACGGUGCAGCUAAACGCCGUAAAUCAAUACCGCGUGGAAAACGCGGUGGCAAACCAAAGCGGAUGAGGUGGGACGAAGCCGCGCCGGAAUCCCAACCAGCGAGAGGGACUAAGAGGGCCAGGCCCGAUGACUCCCUGACGCCGAGGGAGGGAGCUAAGCGCGCUAAACUUAACCGCUCAUUACCUGUACCGGGACCAGUCAAGAACGCCAACGCGCUGAAGUCAAACGACCUAUGCGUGGCCGUGCGUAUUGAUCCCUACCACGGCAUCACAGAGGAGCAGUCGCAGCUCAUACAGGCCAAGAUUAUGGAGGAAUACGACGCAACUGUCUUCUCUGACGACCCUUAUGUGCGCACACCGGCGUUCAGAGGUAAGCCUUUCCUCAGCGACGGCGUCAUUAAGAUGUGGUGCGAGGAUGAGUUCGCCCUGGACUGGUUGCGCCACACAACCUUCAAGAUCGGCUCACCGCUGCCAGGUACCGAACUCAUCGUAUGUCGGCAGAAAGAGGUCCCACAAAGCAUCAAGGGUACGGUCUACGUCCCUGACUUCACCGACGGCGACGUAGACCGUCUCCGAAUCCGUCUGCACAGGACAAACUCGGACACCUACAAUAUCAACAGCUGGUCUGUGUACAACGCUCAGCGUACGCCCGGGUGCGACGGGGUUAGGCUUCUGCUGGGUAUACCCAUGCAGGAGGCUGAGAUCCUGAAGCGAAAGGAGCGGCGCCUGCGGUACAAGCUGGGGUCCGUCUACGUCAAGUUCGCGGAGGACAAGAAUACCGUUGACACCAACAGAGACACCGUCAACCACGCACCAAAUGAUGACUUUUAAUCGUGCCGCUGGCGAAGCCAGGAGAUGACCAUAGAUGCUAACCAGCGGCUUGCGACACCCGGGUCCAUUCAUGGCCCAGAAAAUGUCGACAGACCCGCGUGCUCUGCCCCGAGAAUCAAUCCCGGAGGCCUUAACACUAAAUAUUAAGAAGACGAGGAAGCCCAAGACUUCUAGAGAAACGUGUCCGACUUAGUAGGUCGGAAGCGUGGAGACGUUUUUGCGAAUAUAUAUCAGUAACAACCAAGCAGUCAAGUUCAUAAUGAUCCUAUCAUGUGAAACUGAUCGCAACAUUAGAGUCGUUUAAAAAACCUGACGGAGAAUUCACCAAAACCGAGGACGAAACUAGCAAACUGUUGCUCCAAACCAGCUUCCCGGGAUGUAGAAUCACCGCAGAAAAAAGAUGAAUGUUGCCACCUGUGUGCGUAACGCCCUAAUCAACACGCCUACAGCGCGGGCAAAUCAACCGAAUCCGCACUAGGCAGUGUGGUUAGCACGCUCAGCUAAUUUCAUCGACGUAGAGGGAGCCUUCGACUAAACCAACUUCAUCACCAUAGCAGACAGGGGCUCUGCUGCGACAUGGCGUUGAUCCAACAACGGCAGGGCGGAUAUACAACAUGCCCAGGAACAGGGCCCUACAAUUCACUGCGAACCAUCGAUAUACGGAUGGUAUCACCAUUCUGAUCAGCGGGCCCUCUGAAAGCACUUUGUGCGAUCAGAUGGACUCUUUAACUUGUUCGUUAUCUACUACCUAUUAGUUUUGCCACAGCCUUUAUUCAUAGAAGCUUUGACAUGCCUUGACAUUCCUGUUAAUGAUUGGAUAACAUUUAGCGUAUGUAAAUUUUCAUUGAAUAAAUAAUGUUUUCGUUUUGUUGGAAUAUGAUUUGUACAUAUAUUAUGUAUCAACAGCGUAGACCUCAGCGUCUUCUAUGUAUCAUUGCAAGGCGGGUAAUAAAUAAAUUUUACGGUUCCAUGUCGAGGUUUGAAAUUCCGAAAACUCAUUCACAACUUUAGUCUUAAAAGGAUUUCUGAAGACUUAACUAUAUUUGACAUAUGCCAUCCCCUAUAUAUGAGUUGUAAAAAGGGACUUAAGGCUUAUAGUACUGGAGGGUUGUAAUAAAAUUCCAUUUACGAAAGAAAUGCAAAUUUUUUAUUUGAUUACAACUAAAACACUAAAAAUAGUACCCGCAGUAGUUUUUGAACGCUCGUUGCGCUCACGAUUGGAUUUAUUGAAUCAUUGCACGCCGUCACCCUCGUUCACAGACCUCAUUCGAACUGUUACACGUCAUCAGACCUUACAGGCUAAAUAUUAUAGAGGUGUACAUAGAACAGAUAAAGAUAACAACAACAAAUAACAAAGAACUCUGAUACUAAAAAAUUCAAUUGCAUUCAAGGAAUCAUAAAGAGACUCGGCACUACAAUGUACUCAAUAAUAUUACAUGCCGUAUAUGUAUGCGGAGUCCCGUGACUUAAUAAGGUUGAGCUAUUCGUCAUGAGACGAAACAGACAGAAAUGUAAUUAGUGUAAAGUUAAAUAUUUCCAAGCUAAAGUUACAUCAUUUAAUAAUGAAUCAGUCUCACGAUAGUUAUUAUAAAAAUUACAUAGAUCUGACAAUAAAAGUGUGUGCAACGGA